AAAAUAUCUAUAAUUUUGUUUUGUUACUUCUUGAGGAAAUGUAAUAUGUGAUUCAAAUGAAGAAGCUCAUGUGUUAUUUUGCAUCUGAGAGAUUAUGGCUUCCAGACCCUGUGUGGGUGAAAGCACAAGCUGAAGUCUUUUCCACCACAGCACUGUCAGACCCCAGCUGUGAGAUACCCGAGUGUGGGAGUAGCUCUGAUAGAUUUAUCAUACCUGUUUUGUUUGGGUUUUAUUUUCAUCCCUCUCAGCUGGUUUAUCUUGCUCUGGCUUCAGCAGGGGCUGGGAACAGAGCUAUUUCUGCAGGGAGAACAUUGAGAAGUGAAGAGGUGCUAUGGGAAGCGUGCUGUGGCUUGUACUUCAGAUCAGAGGAACGCUGUGUGAAGAUUAGAGAAUUAUUUUGUAAUGGGAGAGGGGAAAUUGUCACUGGCUUCCACUCCACUUGUCAGCCUCAGCUUUGUGGUGACAUUUCACACAUGCAAAGCUGAAACAGAGCUAUGAAAUGAGGCCUGAACACACUCAUCCAUUUUCUGGGCUGUGCAACCCUACAAGCACUGCAUGAAAGCUGGAGCCUGGCAUGCUGCAGGUUGGUGUGGCUGUCUGUGCAGCUCCAGUGCCUCUCUGGGGCCCAGGCCACUGACAUCAGGGGAGCCCAAGUAAUUUUAGCUGUGAAUCAGUCCAGAGUUUCCCAGGAACAACCACCCAAGGGUGGUUCCUUCCUUCAGCCUUGCCUCUGUUACAAAUGGUUGGUUUAGGCGGGGUUGUUUGAAGCACACCUGGGUGUCUCUGUUAUUGGGUACGGUUGGGUUUUCUGGCUGCACUGAGCACUCUGCUUCCAAUAUUCCUUCAUGACUUGCACACUAGCCAGCUAGAGUCAAUCUAGUUUGGUAACCCUCUGCAAUGAAACAGUUUCUCAGAGAGGUUUUUUUGCUUUCAAAUUGAAUACCAUCCUUCAGUUACAAAAAGUGGCAGUGUUUGUUCUGUCCCUUCUGUGGAGGCUGGAUUUUUUUUCAAUAGAUUCUUACAUGGUAGCACAAAUGAGAGGUAUUUUAAAAGCUGCUCUCACAGGUAGGUCCUAUUCUGAUGGAGCCAUUCCAGUUGACCUGCAGUGUGCUGAUCAGUAAGAGUGGAUGGAGGGAGCUUACCUUUCUCUCUGCUCAGAAUAAAGCAUUGGAUUGGCAGACUUCAGUGCCAGAAAGGAAUUCAGAGCACCCCCAUCUCAGCACUGAGCUUUCUGUGAGAAUAAAGCUAAUAAAAAGAAACAUUUAAUAAAACUCGAUUUACAGUUUAAUCUUACCUCAUUAGUAGAUAUGUCAGGGAUCUUUCACUGAAGGGUUUUCUACAACAAAUCAGCCUGAGAGGUUAAACAAUUGUAGUGAGAAAGGUUAAAAAAAGCAAUAUGGUAAAUAACUGAGAGAAAGGUAGCCUUUCUUUCGGGAAGUGUUGAAUACAUAUAUAUAUGUACCACUGAUGUCAGCAUUUAUAACAUUACAGGACUGAAAAAGUCUCAGUGUUUUAAUGCUUACUGGUAGGGCUUCCUCCAGUCUGGUUGGUCAUGAGGGAACUUGGGUUUGCAGCUGCCAUACCCACACAUCUAAGAGGAGGCUGGCUUUUAGUGGGGAGAGGAUAACAGGCUCAGCACUGAUUGUGUAAUCCUGCCCUAGAUGCAGGAAAUAAAUGGAAUUAUGGCUGAUCUUUAUUACAUUUAGAAAAUACUAACUCUUAAGACUGUAUGUUCUGGCUGUAAUCCAAAGCUUUUGGUACUGGAGUUAAGCUAAGCUUCAGUGUGCUUUGGCAGCAAGUCCCCACUAACAGUUCCAUGUCCCUUUACUGUCAGUGCAGGCCUGAAACUUCUUAAGAGGAAUGCAGACAUUCUGUGAUACCAUGCUAGAUAUAAUUCAUCUGCCUUCUCAGACAAGGCUAAUGAGUGGUCUUAUGUAAUAUUUGCUUUAUUUAUUUUUAGAAUCAUAGAGUUGUCAGUGAACUCAUAGUAUGGUAUGAUUUUAUAUUAGUUUCUGCCUUAACUUCCAGGUGGAACCUGCUGAGUUGGACUGCUAAGUGGGCAUUAUUGUUUGCUUAUAUUGUUAUUUUCUAUAGGAAAACAGUACGUAAAUCCUUUCAGCCUUUAUUAAAUUUCACUUUAAAGUCAUAAUGUCAUCACUUUUUAACUAGGUACAAACAGUAGCUAUACAGGUAGCAUGCAAAUUGUAUAUAGUGGUGUGGAGUUUGUGUGGGGUGUGUAAGAAGUUUGUUGUUGGAGUUUACAUUGCACAGUUAUAAGGAUAAUAAAAUUCAUGUCAUAUGAUGUGUAAUGUGGUGGUAUGAGGCAAAGAUGUCUGUAACUGUAACCUCUCAUCCUUCAUUCACAGUUUAAGCAGUGACUAAACCAGCUUUUUCCCUUUCCAUUGUUAUAAACUCCUUUUGUGAUGGAUCCAACAUUACUCUUGUUACUUUAGUGCAACAGCUCAGACAUUGCUGUUUGUGAACAUCAGUAGCAAACAUAACCACGAUUAAUAUGGUGCUUUCUUUUCUCUCCAAGAAGAGACCUACAUAUCAGAGUUGGCACUCAUGAUUGAUUUUAAAUUGUAAAGUCAGUUUUCAGAUCUCUCCCUCGCCCCCUCGCCCCCUCUCUCUCUCCCUUUUUCAUUUUUAUUGCUUGCUUUCCUCUCUUUUAUUGCAGGUGGGAUUGGGCAUUCCCCUGAAAAUGCCAUAAAUUUGAACUCAAACCCUGCUCACCUAGGGUACUGACAAUUAGCAAGAAACAAGGACCCUUAGGUGAAGUAUUUCCUGCAGACUUACCUGUCUGUGCUUGGGAGUGGCACAGCUUGUUCCAGGCCACGUGGUAGGGUUGCAGAAAGAUGGGGUCUGUAUUGCUUUUCAGCUGAUGCAGUGCAGCAGUGUAAAUAAGUUUGUGCUUGUUUCUUUCAUUUGAUUUUUUUCUCUGACUUCACCUCCUGGUCUUUGGGAUGGAGUAAAGAGGAAUGUGGGGGUGGCUGACUCCCUUUCCCUCAUGCAGAAUAUUGGUGCUGGUAUGGGAAUGUAGAAGAUAUGGGAACAGCCUGAAUUUUUAACUUCCCAUAGCCAACGAUUUCUGGGUUAACUGUGCUGCCUAGCUGAUGGAGCUGAUGCAACAGGGUGUACUACUAAGCUUUCUCAGGCUUGGACUCCUCACAGUUUGCAAUGUUCCCUCUUUUUUGCCCCUGUCUGGGUCUUGGGAUCUUCAGAGUUUGCAAGCAGACUUUGGUUUGUUCUUUUGAAAACCAUUGAGUGCUUAGAUUCUGUGUCACUAAGCAGAAUAGAAGUAUUUGGAAAAUAUAUGUAGUUUGUGACUGAAAAUUCACCAUGCUGCUCGUGUCUACCAUCCUGGCAGUUUCUCUUGCUCCAGAAACAAACAUUACAUGAAUAAUCCACAUGAUUUUCUUUUUCUGCAUGCAGGUCAGCUUUGGAGGUAGUUGUUGCUGGUUACAAGGAGAUUUUCAGACAUUCACAAAACCAGAUAUGCCUUUGUGGUCUCAGUGGUGGUGUAAGCCAUGAAGUUGUGUUGCAGAUGUGGUGUGUGUUCAGUUUUGCUUUCAUUUUAAAGGUCUGUGCUUGCUGAGGUGCGAGAUGUCUGCCCUGAGGCUGGUCUCUAACAGAACCUCCCAGCAGGCCCUGUCUAACUCUGAUUACACCUGGGACUACGAGUACUAUGAGUAUGGACCAGUGUCAUUUGAAGGCCUGAAGGCUCAUAAGUUGUGGAAGAUAUUUCCCAUUGGGAGCAUGAUUAACAGCUGGAGUCAAGCACAAGAUUCCAUUGUGAUUGGAUUUUGGGUUGGUCUUGCAGUUUUUGUCAUCUUCAUGUUUUUUGUCCUGACCCUGCUGACGAAGACAGGAGCACCACAUCAAGACAAUGCAGAACUUUCUGAAAAAAGAUUUCGAAUGAACAGCUUUGUGGCAGAUUUUGGGAGAUCUUUGGAGUCUGAGAGGGUCUUUUCUCACCAAAUGGUUGAAGAAUCCCAGUCACUUUUCCAUUUCUGCAUUAAUGAAGUGGACCAUAUGAACAAAGAAAAAGAGAGUCAGAAAGGUCCAAGUCUGGAGAGUAAUACUCACUUCCAGGAGGUUCCCAAAAGCAGUGGAACAUUUGAGGAAGACCUACAUUGUCUUACAAAAUUUAACAUUCCUAACUUUGUGAACACUGAGCAGAACUCUUCACUAGGUGAAGAUGAUCUCCUCAUCUCAGAGCCACCAAUCAUUUUAUAAAGCAAACUGGUUAUGCAAUCUUCGGAUGCUUUAUUGAAAAAAUAUUUUACUUUAAGGUAAACAUUCCCAUUAUUGUCCAGUUUGAAGCCUUUCUUGGCCUCCUUGCUCUUCUGACAGAAGGUAAUUCAGACAUAUGCUUUUUAUUGUAUGCAGGACUGGCUGUACUGAUAGAACUGUUUAGCCAAGAAGUAAGACAUUGAAUGCUUUAUUCUGAUGCCUUCUGUGAUCUAAAACUUCUGCUCAGUAUUAUUUUUGCUUUUUUAUUUAUUUUUUGUUUCUUUCUUGUAUUGUUCUUAAUUUUUAAAUGACUACUUAUGACCAGCUUCUGAGAGAUAAUAAUUUACAUGGACUGUGAAGGCUGGAGCCUGGCAUUGGGAGGUCUAUGAAAAUUCAUUGGCCAAGAAAAGUGCAAAUCUCAAAGACUGAAGAAAGGAAUAAACAGCCCCUGGGGAGGUUCUGUAGUUUCUGCUACUCCCAAUAAGGAUGCCUGAAGCUGAGCAGCACAAUAAGUAUCUGCUUGGGACUAACUUCAAUUUCUGACCCCUAACUGCUUUUUGGCGCAGGUUAAACCAAAUUUACAAAGCUGCCAGAGGGAAUACCUUGGAAAUGAAAUAGUUUGGUUACAGUGUUUACAAAAUGCUAUCACUACCUGCUGCUGAGUAAAAGCAAACUGGUGCCUGUAAUUAUACGUCAGAAUGACACCUCAGCAGCUGACCCAUGAUGACAUGGAAUUUGUAUUCUACACACUAGCACAAACUGUGAUUUGAUUCUUUUUUUUUUUUUUCCCUGUUAAUUGAUGAUAUGAACUUCCAGUUCAGUAAUUAUAGGAUUCAGUAGUUAAAUCACAGGAAAUAAGGAAAAAACCUAUUUUUCUUUUGCCAAUAAAGUUACUACAUGCAGAUGGUGGUGGUGGUGAUAUGUUAAGCUGGUGUUAUGUGCUGCUAAUAGGCUGAACCUUCCUAUGCUUUUUGCCUUUAUAAAAGAUAAUUUACUCAUUGGCCAGUAAAGUGCUAGCAGGCUUGGAGCUGAGAGAACCAACUCCACAAGUAUAGAUAGCUAAGCUGUGCUUGCUCCAUCUUUUGUACUCAAUUUGGGACAGUGCUGCAACCCCAGCUGUCCUCCCAGUAAAAGAUUUGGUAAGGAUUUGAAUAGGUAUACUUUCAACCUUUAUUUUCUAGAGAUGGAAUUAAGUUCUGAACCUUUGAGAGUAUUUAAAAUUGUAUUUCAGUUGUCUUCUAAGGAUGGCAACUAAUGAUUAAAUGGUUUUAGAGCAAGCAUAUAAGAUGCAGAGGUAUCAGGUUCAAACCCUUUACUGGAUUUCAAGUAUGCUCUGCAGGAAGUUCUUAAUUGAGAUGAAAAGAGUGAAUUCCAGACACUGUGCCUAACUGCAUUUUCUUGAAAUUGUUGUGCUUUGUAUCAAACACAUCUGUGUUUGAGGUUAGAGACUUGCUGAUACAUUCUUCAGUCAAUGCUGAUUAAUUCAUCCCUUCUUCACCUUACAAAUAGAAAAAAGAAUACAAACUGUGUAGGAAGAGUGCAGGAAACAUCUUUUAUGCCCUCAUUACACACCACUUACACACUAAAUUCCUAUUUUCAAAUGUAAUUCUUGCAGGACUUGCUGGUGUUUAAAGCAACAGGAUUACACUUAAAACAAAGCAGAGACUAUUUAAAACUAGCAGGUUAUUUUUGAAAAUAGUUCCCAGAGGAGACUGAAAUGAAUGAGCACAGUUCCAGUAAAAUAUUUCAGGUGCAGAAAAGGCCUUCUUUCACAGGAACUACGUAACAACAAGUAUGAAGGCUGACUUUUCUUAAAUUUGGGAAAUCUGUCUCUGAAUAUGGCAUCUACUUUCUGCUGAGGCACCUCAAUAACUAUUAACUCUCUGAUGUUUAAACUUUGAAGCUCAAUAUUGCUCUUAAUAGCAUGUGGGACUUGUACUAAAUGGGGUUUUUAUAGCUGAUUUCUGGAUGAGUGAGUUGCCUUCAGUACUGUUUGUGCUAUUAUUUUUAUUUUUUUCUUUGCUGUGCUUGAAAACAGCAAUGCUGCUUGAGGGAAGGGCAAAUCUAUGUUGAAUCCAUCUCCUUUGCAUCUGAGAAAUGAAGGGUACUUUAAAGGCAUUUAAAACUAUGUUUCAUAGAUCAUUUAGGUUGGAAAAAGACCUUUAAGAUCAUUAAGUCCAACCAUUAACUCAGCACUGCCAAGUCCCCCUCUAAAUCACCUUCCCCUGUGCCACAUGGCUUUUUUUAAAAAAAAUAAAACACAACACUUUUUUCUUUUCCCAUUCUUGAGUGGGUGACCCCACUGCUUUCCUGGGCAGUCUGUUCCCGUGCUCCAGAACCCCUUUGUGGGAAAAAAAAAAAUCUCAGAAGUUUUAGAAGUUUCAAAAUAAUGCAGAUGGGGUUUUAGAAAAAGAAGAUGCUGCUACUCCCUGUAAGUUAGCCUAUGCUUUUCUUCUGCUACCUUAAAUCUCAGUGGCUUUUCUUUGGGAAUAUGAACUACUACUUAGGGGAGAAAAAGGAAGAAUUUUGUGUAUGGAUACUGGCAAUAAUGCCUAAAUGUAAGGUACUUAAUAACAUGAGCCAGAGCUGAUGACAACUUAACUUAUAACAUUUGAAUUGCAUAGUUAAUAUCCUUCUGCCACAUGUAUUAAUAAUGUAAAGCUAUUUAAGUGUUUGGUUUCUGCUUCUGUUCUUUCCUGAUGAUGUUUCUACUUUUUUCAUCUUAUCUCCCUUCUAUAUUUAAAGUCCUUCAUGCUGCUUCUCUCAGAAAAAUAACCUGUCAGUUCCUGCUGUAGAGCUCCCACACCACUUCACAGACACUUCAGUGGCAGCAAGUCUGAUUCAGAUUUUUUGCUCUGCCUCUGCCUUAGAGCCAAAGGCAAAUGCAGAAUCAUUCUGCAGUCUCAAAACCAGCUAUUUUAAAGCUGUCCUUCCUUCCUUUUUAUUUUCCUUUUUAAGAAUAACAGACAUAUUUUGCCUCAGGGGAAAGGGCAAUAUAUAACCUGUUUAAAAAAAAAUCAUCUUUUCUCAGAAGAUAAACACAUUGGUGCACUAGAAACAGAAUAGAAAGUGUUCUGAUCAGAGUAGUCUUCAAAAUGAGUACCUGGAAUUUCAAGGUGUUUGAAAAUUGAAUUUUUUUGAGUUUUCUUAGUGCUUGGCCUCAAGCCUCUUCUCAAAACUCAGUAUAAAUGCAUCACCUGCAGCAGAUUUAACUGCAGAGCUCCUCUAAACCAGCUACAUGUUUUUUCACCUAAACAUGUCUUGUAUUCUGUAAGACCUUAUUAAGUCAAGUUAUUUAUCCCUGUUUUAAAGGUAAAUACUUGCAAAAUGCUCCUCUGUGUAAAUAAAUUUUAGUUAUAUCUUUAAAAAACAAAAGGCAAAACCCCAAAACCUAUAAUGUAAAUCAGUAAAUGCCUGCUCAUAGAGAAGAGAAUGGUAAAACUGUGAUCAUCUACAAUCAAGGUGAAGUAAAAGAGGUAUAUUUGUCAUGAAAUUAAGUAUGCACCUUGACCUUGAAUACUGUAACACUGACAUUUUUUGCCACUUUUUAGCCUUGGAUAUUGACAGGUAGCAAGGACAGCAGAGAAGAACCUUCUAGCAACACGUUCUCCAACGAACUGGCUGAGAACUGACUGUACAAAUUGUAAAAAGUGAAUUAACUACAUGAACAUUAGGGUAGCCCUCUCCUAAUGACUGCAGGAUCAUACAUGGGAGAGGGUUUCCAGUGACCAGAAAUGAUUCCUCUAGGAUUCCUGUCCUAGGAAUCCCUAUCUAGGACCUGGCCUUUCUGGGAACACAAGGGCUGCAGUAGUUGAAAAAACAUCUCUCACUUCAGGUCACACACUUUUAAUACAGGGUUACAUAAAUAGCAAAUUGUACAGGAAAUAAAUUAGUUGAAAUAAUUCAGUUUUUAUCCUUUUCAUGUGCAGAACAGAUCCAAAUCAAGAAAAUGCAUAAUAUUUACACAUAGCUGAUAUUUUAUACACAAAGCAUUUUUAUAUUUACACGUUUUAUGAAUAAAGACUAAUACUUUUUUAGAUGGGGACAGAAUAGAAAUACUGAAAAUACCUGGACAAGGAAUAACCAAGCUUACCAUAUUAACUGGCAAUGUCCAUCCUUUUUUAAUUACUAUAUAUAUAUAAUAUGUAUGUGUAUACAGGCUCAUUUUAUGUUUGUGUGUAGGUCAAAAAGAAAAAUCCUUGCACUUCAGCACUAUGUCCAUAUGGUAUAAUUUGUUAUACUCUUUUGUUUUUUAUACAUGCUAAGCCACAUGCUUGUAUGAGAGAAAAUGCACAUUUACUGCUGGUCCCUGAAGAACACAAUAUGUAAACACACACACACAGGCACAGACCUGAACUGUUUCACAUCUGACUUAAACACUAGUUUCAACCAAUACUGCAGGUCCUCAGGGACCUAAGGAGUACAUUCUAGCUUUCAUCUUCUGUUUGCCCUAAAUAAGUACAUUUGAUUGAGAUACAACCUCAAUAUAUGUGCUUCAGAAUUCUUAAGGGCUUGUAGCCAGCAAAACUUCAAACUAAUAAUGUACUGAUUUAUUGGGAAAGCAUUCCUUCCAGCCACCAAAUAGCCAUCAUCAUCUAUUUUGAAUUUUUAUUUUUAGUUGCUGCUUCUUCCUUUUAGCAGCAGGUUUUUCAUACAUUUUAAGUGUAAUAGCCAUGCUCAUCAUCUUCCCCCAGUCUCCUCUCUGGAGCUGUGCAGUUCCUAUGGCUUCAGAGGUUCCUAGGGCUACAUUUCCUGGAGUGAUGAUUCUUCUUUCCCUCCACUGGGUCCAUCUCUUUCUUCAAAGAAGAGCCUAAAAGCGUAGCACUCUAAGGUACAGAUAUGUGCUGCAGUAGGAAUUGCUCCUAUGUACCUGCUCUACAGCAUAGGUGUGUAACUAGGUCUGGGGAGAGGGAGAAGGCAACAGCCACCAACAUUCAGUGUGUUACCUGCCAUGAUGCCUGUCAGCUCAGCAGAAAGUUACCUCCAUGUUCGGUAUUUUGGUCUGGCUUUUGGCUGGGUGGUGGUUCUGGUUUUUUGUUUUUGGUGGUGUGGUCUUGUUUUGUUUUCAUUUUGUUUUCAUUUUGUUUUUGUUUCCCUGGCCCCUUUCCUAACUUGCUCAAUAUUUUAACUCUAAAUUUUCCCACCUACACAUCCCUCAAGUCUGAGCUUUAGCACACUGUAAUUACACCUGACUGGUCUCUAUCUGUCAAGAUCACCUACAGAGGUGCUUACUAUGUCAGAUCCUGAACAGCCCAUUGUAAAAACCUUAUCAGUACAGCCUUCCCUUUAAAAAGGGACACCAAUAACUACUCUCACACUGUAUUUUAUAGGUUUUUUUCUGUAUCUGCCCUGUAAGAAUUCAGCUAGACCCACUCUGCCAUCAUUACCAGCACAAUAGGAAUUAUGUGAAAAGGAAACAAAGAACAGCUUGAAUCUAAGCACCAGCAGGGACUGCCUGCCCUGCUCCAGCCCUCCAAUAAUUCAUUAAAGUGGAAAGAGGUCUUAAAGGUAAGUGAAUGAAUAUUAUAUGGAUUGGAGGGAGACAAGCAAAUAUUGGAAAAAGACAGUUUUCCUGCACUAUGGAAUGAAAUGCAUUUAUGCUAUAAACUAAACAUAAA